AUGAAUCUAAUGCGAUUGAGGUCGCGCUUCAGGUGGUUCCUCAGAGAGACAAGGAGCAAGUCGAAUAGCGAGGAUGUCGAUAAUUUAGAAGAGAAUAGACGCAAGAAGGACAGAAAAGCGCCGGUGCCUACAGGAGAUAAGUUGAUUGACCAGCUAGCAGCUGCGAUAUUGCAGGAAGCAGGGUCGAGCGAAGAGGAAGAGUCCGAAGAGGAGCAUAAUGAGGGGGAAGAACACGAGAAUGAAGGCCCGUCUGUUCAGUCCAACCCAGUCCCACCAUCAGAGAAUUUGGAUCCGGCGGAAGCGCUUCGACGACAACUACGACAACAACAACUCCAAGCCGAGUCCGAUGAAAAAUGGAGCGCGCGCAAACGCAGACGACGGACAAGAGGUUGGGCUGGCCUUCCCGCGGAUGCCCCCGGUGAACCGCCUCGAUUUCCCUCUGAGACCACACUCGACGAGAGCAAAGCAUACCUGGGCUUAGACAACCAGCUAUACGCUCAGAUACGUGACGAGUUCCAAGCGAUUUGCAGAACCGAAGGUAUCCUUAGGAAAACCGUCGCUGGCCCUGACAAAUGGGCUGAGCUGCUCCAACGCCUCGUCCGAGGGAACCACCACCUGACGGUAGUUUUUCAACAACAGGCAGAGACGCUACAGCAGGUUAACUCGUUAUGGAAACCCAAGAAUUAUCAGACGCGUUCGUUGGAUAUCAUAUGUCAGGAUGUCACCAAACGCAUGCGAGUUAUGGAAACCCGGAUGAGUAUUUCAGAAGCGAAGAAUAUGCUCAAGUUAAACCCUUCUCAGACCCGCGACGCCAAGCAUGCUUUUCUUAAGAUACUGAAGGCAGACCACUUCACAAACAAGUUUGAAGCAGGUGGUCAGCACUGGAGCGAACUGAAACAGCGCUGGGUUGAUGGGUCUGAGCUCUUGAAGAAUGCAAUCACGCCAAGUGUAGGAGACGGAGAUGACAAGUGCGCACAACGUCUCCGCGCCAUGGAGGUGCUGGCGCGCGAUGUGAUGAAGCGGCUGCGGGCCGAGGGUACGCAAAUACGGAAAGAACAAUCUGGAGAUAAUCGCAAGACCUCGCAUCAUGGUCCUGGUCCUGGUCCCGCACCACCCUCUGCACCAUCUCAGAAUAGAACAACACACAGCACCGUGGUUGGCAAGAACCGCACCGACGAGCUUGUCAGCGCCGUUCCGCACAUGCGCGAAGCUCGAGAGGACUGCACCAGCGGCCCCCAGACCGCUCAAGAUGCAGACCUUCAAAUCGAUCCCUCGUUGCUGCUAGCCGCCAGCGACGCCAUCCUCCCGAGCGCUAUUGCCCUUCAGCACCCCUGUCAACACUCCUCUCAACAGCUCGAAUUGGAUGGCACUCACAGUCACGCCCCAAACGCACAUGGCUCCUUCGCGACGCAGCCGCAUACGUUCCUUCCUCCGUCCAUACCCUCCCCACUCCCCAUAUACUUUCGCCUGCACUCCCGCAGCGCCACGCCCUUCCCGCACAAAACCGUCUGGUUGAGCGUGCUGCAAGCUCCCCUUUUAGAAGAUGUGAGGAAGUUAGCCACACGGGAGCACCCCGGUAGUGAGGUUGUGCAUUUGGAAGGCGUGAUCGGAACGAGGGAUGGCGAGAUGUGUGUGGGGAUCGAUGAUGAUGCGGAGUUGGGUGCGUAUCUGGGGCAUGUUGGAGCGAGGACCGGAGGAGGGAGGGGUAAGGUCACUUUUGUGGUGAGGCUGAGGAUGAGUGGUAGUGGCGGCGGUUGGAUAAGUAGUGGGCAGUAUGCGAAAGAGAUACCGGAAAAUUGGUAG